AUGCAGGACUCCAGUAACAACAAACUUCCGGAGCGCGCGCUGUCGAAAGCAGGCGCUCCGGAAGGCGCGGAUGUUCAGCGCGAGGGUGUGAGUGCGGACGAGAGAGAAGAGGGGGUUGCAGAGACGGUAAGGGAGGUUGACGGCUGGCAGGCCAUCGGGAGGCCCGGAGGAGGACAGCGCGCACUCGAUGGGACGGACGUGACACGCCCGAACCGCGCAGCGCGAAAGUCCGCUAGGUGGGCGCGCGAUGUUGCAGCGGGACUCGGUACGGAGCGCGGGGUGGCUGCGACUGGAAAACUUCAGAGAAAAGUGGUUCCACGUCCCCGGAUGAGGGGGCCGCCGUCAGUCGUGUCCACGACCGUGUCGGACGUCGUCGCGGACACCGAGACUGUGUCAGAUGUCGUCGCGGACACCGAGACCGCGUCAGACGUCGUCGCGGACGCCGAAACCGUGUCAGAUGGCAUCGCGGACGCUGAGACCGUGACGAACGUCGUCGCGGAUGCUGGGUUAGGUCAAAACAAGAAAAAAAGAAAUAGAAGUGCUGCCAAAAGGUUAGUGGUGGCAACACAGCGCCGCGCAGAGGCAGCGCGCCAUGCAGAGGCAGCGGCGCAGGUCGUGGACUUCGACGGCGCAGUCGACAACGUACCUACCGAUCCGGUAAGCGAUCGCGAAGUCGGAGCUUCCGCGCGUAGACGGCGCGCUCAGCAGUGGGUUGACGACGAGAGCGGAGACGAAGCUGCAGGAGUAGAGGGGGCGUUACUCGCGCGAUCCUCGUUGACUUCGCUCGCGCGAUCCUCACUGACUCCGCUCACGCGAUCCUCGUUGACCCCGCUCGCGAGUAGUCCUCCCGCGUCGGAUCCUCCUGUCGGCUCGCGUCGCGUUCUACGCAGUGCGUCGGUACGAACUGGGGUCAUACGUGCGGAGAGAGAUAGUGUGACGGGCUCACCUGUUCCUGUUCUCGGAAAGCGUAAGCUUGUGCCGUAUGUGGAGAUCAGAUCACAGCGGGCUGGAACUCGGGGUGCGAGAGCUGUCAAUCGGAGUGGGCCCAAGGACGGAACGUCAAAUGCUGAGGCUCUGAAGAGAGCAGUGUUAGCUAUGGCAGCAGUCAAGAGG